AUGACUCAGAACUACCAGCAUAUUUUGGCCAUGGUUUUUGCAGUAAAGGAGAUCAAUGAAAACCCCAGGCUCUUGCCCAAUCUCACCGUGGGUUUCCGCAUCUAUGACAGCUACAUGAAUGCAAGGUGGACCUAUCAAGCCACACUGCAACUUCUUUCUCCCUGGAACAGGCUGGCCCCCAACUACAAGUGCAACAUCAAAGACAACUUAUAUGCGAUAAUAGAAGGACUUACCGCAGCAAAAUCCUAUCUGAUUCCGAGUGUUUUGGCCAUGUACAAAAUUCCUCAGCUCCACCACUUUCUGAAAGGUCUGUCCUUUAACAACAGUGCUGGUGACAAAGUUUCCUUUAAUGAGAAUGGGGAAAUAGUUGCAGAAUUUGAUGUCAUCAAUUAUGUCACUUUCCCAAACAAAUCUGUCAUUCAAACUAAAGUGGGAAGGGUGGAUCCCCAGGCGCCUCUGGGCCAAGGAGCCAUCAUGAAUAAGGAUGCCAUUGUGUGGCACCGCUGGUUCAACCAGGUCCAGCCCCUUUCUCUGUGUAAUGACAACUGUCAUCCUGGAAACAGCAAAAGAAGGAAGGAGGGGAAGCCUUUCUGUUGCUAUGAUUGCAUUCGAUGCCCAGAAGGGAAGAUAUCAGACAAGAAUGAUAUGGAUGAUUGCAUCAAAUGCCAAAGUGAUCAAUAUCCAACCAAGGGCAAAGAUGGCUGCCUUCCCAAAACAAUAACUUUCCUCUCUUUUGAGGAACCCUUAGGAAUAAGUUUGGCUUCUGCAGCAGUUUCUUUAAUGUUUGUCACAAUAAUUAUUUUAGGAAUUUUCAUUAAGCAUAAAAAUACCCCCAUUGUAAAAGCCAACAACCGAGAUAUCACCUACAUACUUCUGAUUGCUCUUUUGUUCUGCUUCCUCUCUGCUUUGUUAUUCCUUGGCCAACCAACAAAGGUCACCUGCUUCCUCCGUCAAUCUGCUUUCAGCAUCAUCUUCUCAGUAGCUGUUUCUUGUGUGUUGGCCAAAACCAUCACUGUGGUUGUAGCAUUCAUGGCCACCAAACCAGGGUCCAACAUGAGAAAGUGGGUGGGGAAAAGACUGACCAACUCAGUUGUCUUUUCCUGCUUCCUCAUUCAAGCAGCCAUUUCUUUGGUAUGGUUGGGAACCUCACCACCAUUCCCAGAUUUUGACACCCACUCACUGACUGAAGAGAUCAUAGUAAAAUGCAAUGAAGGAUCUGUCACAAUGUUUUAUAUUGCUCUGGGCUACAUGGGGUUUCUGUCCCUCAUCAGCUUGACUGUGGCUUUCCUAGCCAGGAAGUUGCCGGAUAGUUUUAAUGAAGCCAAGUUCAUCACGUUCAGCAUGCUGAUCUUUUGCAGUGUUUGGGUCUCUUUUGUUCCAACCUAUCUGAGCAGCAAAGGGAAAUCCAUGGUGGCCGUGGAGAUCUUCUCUAUCUUGGUGUCCAGUGCUGGGUUACUGGGCUGCAUCUUUUCUCCAAAAUGCUAUAUUAUUUUUUUUAGACCUGAGUUAAACAGGAGACAGGACCUAAUAAGGCGGAAAAAAAAAUAA